AUGAGUGACCGAUAUGAGCUCUUGCAAUAUCUGAAGACCGUGGAGUGCGAGGACUACAUCGAUCUAUUUGUUGCGAAUGACAUCAAGAUUGAUCUGCUUCCCCAACUCGAUAGACAUGCUUUGAAAGAAAUCGGGAUCACCAAGGUUGGAGACAGGCUGCGACUGCAGGUUCUGAUCCAUCUCCUAAAUGCUGAGAGACUCAAGUCACGGGUGAAUGUGAGCGAUCUGGCAGAGGUUGUUUCGAAUGCUUCUGCCACCUUGAGCAGCGUUGAUAAGGCAGUCACGUACAACGACAAAUCGCGACGGUCUUCCGACACAUUCAAGGUUGAAAACGAGUACAGGAAUUGCGUCACAAUAAUCGGACCGGACGGCCACAGAAAUGAGGUUAACGUUACAGGGUGUUUUAGUUCGACCUCGAUAAAAAAAAAAGCUGUCAGAAAAAUGGGCAUUCCCACCACCCACGUCGAAGAGUGGAAAGCGUAUUACGUCGACGAGGACGAUAAUCUACACAUGAUGUUUGAUGCCGAGUUCACGGCACUAUGCCAUUCUCCAGACCGUCCAGAGAAAAAACGCAUAAUUCUAUGUCAUUCGAGCGAGGCACCGUCGGAAGCAGCUUUGGCAACCUCGAAGUCCAUUUCGACCACUGCUGGUUCUGAUAAACAGACUCUGAAGAACUUCCUUGGGCAGAGACCGCCUUCGCAGCUAAUUUCCACCAACCUUGGCGAGUACUUCCCUGACACAGGGGCUACGGAGUUGCGGGAGGUGAUGCGGAAUAGUGUGCGGUUUUCAAUGUACAGUUCCAAGAUGAGCACGCAGCAGUCCACGCGCGAGUCGAUCUACUCUGGAAGGCCGCAGUUUACUGCUAGCUCUGUCUUCAGCUAUGGUGUUGCAGUUCCUGUCAAGCACACUGUUGGAGAUGUUAUUUUGAACCACUCCGCUGCUCUGGACACACUCCGUGCCGACCAACCGCCGGAUUUAGAAGACGAUGGCACCAUUCGUGCUUCGAUGCGUAAUGUGUCCCUGGAUAAGAACGGCAGCUUGGAUUCAAUGCAACGGGCGCGCAUGUCUGUUGCGUUCUCCAAACGGGAAAACAGAGACUCGACGGUGAUCAAGCUUUUUGACGACGACGACGACGACGAGUCGUUUGAGUCGUCUGAACAACUCAGCUUUUCAGGGCAAGACAACGGAGGUCCAUCUGUUUGGCACAAGGGAACCAAAAUUGGCCAGGGAUCUUUUGGUACUGUGUACUUGGGACUCAAUGGACUGACUGGAGAACUAAUGGCUGUGAAGCAAGUUAGCCUUCCCCGCUCUUCUGAGGAUACCAAGCAGACGAUGGUGAACGCUCUGAAACAGGAACUUUCGCUGCUCAGGGUCAUGAACCACGAGAACAUUGUGCGCUACCUGGGAUCGUCUGCCGAUUCUGACAAUAUCUACAUCUUUUUGGAGUACAUUCCCGGAGGAUCGGUGAGCUCGAUGCUGUCGACAUACGGGCCUUUCGAAGAACCCUUGGUGCGAAAUUUCAUCACACAGGUGCUCAUAGGCCUGAAAUAUUUACACGGCGAGGACAUUAUUCACAGAGAUAUCAAGGGUGCCAAUAUUUUGAUAGACAUUGAUGGUACGGUGAAAAUCAGCGAUUUCGGUAUUUCGAAAAAAAUAGAUAUCAAUGAUACGGAGCAAGAGGAUAUCGGCACCACCAAGCAGCAAAAACGCGCGUCUUUGCAAGGAUCCGUGUACUGGAUGGCCCCUGAGGUGGUGAAACAGAUUGCAUACACAGACAAAGCCGAUAUCUGGUCUUUAGGGUGUCUGAUCGUCGAGAUGCUGACCGGCAAGCAUCCAUACCCGGGCUUUUCGCAGAUGCAGGCUCUUUUCCGCAUUGGCACGUUGACGCUGCCCGACAUUCCCGACGGCGUCACUGAUGACUGUCGCGACUUCCUCACAAUGACCUUUGAGACCGAUUACAAAAAACGGUGCAAUGCAGCCAGGCUUCUUAAACACCCGUUUAUCACGCCGUUAUUGUCGACAAAGCGCUAG